AAAAUUAAAACUGAUUUUUUUGACAACCCUAAGCGCUACCAUCGUCUCGUUCAUCUUCUUCUUCUUCACCUCUCCAGUCGACGUUGGCUGCCAUUCAUCUUCUUCACCUCUCCAGUCGAAAUCUUCAUCUCUCGAGUUGACAUCUCCUCGUCUGGUCGCUCGUCAAUCGCCUCUCCCCAUCCGGCCGCUCGCCCCUCUCCAGUCUCCACGCCAGUGUCCAUCGCCCCUCUCCAGUCGCUUCUCCCCGUCCGGCGUCCAUCAGCAUCGGGUAAUGCCGAAGCUGGUGACCUUUGGAGUUUCCUUUGAAUUGGGAUAAAUGAGGAUUUGUUGGGUAGGAUAAGAUGGCUCGAAAUGAGGAGAAAGCACAGUCGAUGCUAAAUCGUUUCAUAGCCUUAAAAGCUGAGGAGAAGAAGAAACCAAAGGAACGUCGACCCUACCUUGCCUCUGAGUGUCGUGACCUUGCAGAAGCUGACAAAUGGCGUCAGCAAAUCAUGCGUGAGAUUGGUCGUAAGGUUGCCGAAAUCCAAAAUGAAGGCCUUGGUGAGCACCGGUUGCGUGAUCUCAAUGAUGAGAUUAACAAGCUCAUUAGAGAGAAGUCACAUUGGGAGCGUCGUAUAAUUGAGCUAGGUGGCCCCAAUUAUACCAAACAUUCAGCCAAAAUGACUGAUUUAGAGGGCAAUAUUGUUGAUGUACCAAACCCUAGUGGUCGUGGCCCUGGAUAUCGAUAUUUUGGUGCUGCUAAGAAGUUACCAGGCGUCAGGGAAUUGUUUGAGAAGCCACCUGAGCUGCGGAAGCGCAGGACUCGUUAUGACAUAUACAAGAGGAUUGAUGCAAGCUACUAUGGUUACAGAGAUGACGAAGAUGGAGUUUUGGAAAGAGUUGAAGGUCCAAGUGAAGAGCGUAUGAGAGCCGAGGCAGUUGAAGAGUGGCAAAGAAUGGAAGAGAUAAGGAAAGAAGCGAAGAGGGCAGUAAAGAGCGGGGAGGUGGCCAGCGUUGUGAAUGUUGCAGCAAAGGAGGUACUAUUUGAAGAGGAGGAAGAGGUUGUUGAAGAAGAGAGGAAGAGAGAGAGGGAAAUGAAGGAGAAUUUGGACAAGGAGAGGGAGUUUGUGGUGCAUGUGCCAUUACCCGAUGAAAAGGAGAUUGAGAAGAUGGUAUUGGAGAAGAAGAAGAUGGAACUGUUAAGCAAGUAUGCGAGUGAUAUGCUUUUAGAGGAACAGAGUGAAGCCAAGUCCAUGCUUAAUAUACAGAGGUAGACUCCCAAAAAUCCUCAUAGAGGAUUUGGCUGAUCUGUUUUCCUAGAAUUUUCCAUGCCUAUGCAAUGCAUCACAGCUUCUGUGGUCGACAAGCAAAGCAUAUGUUGUAUUCAACCAGAGUGAUAACAAAGAUCGAGGUAUACGAUGAACUACUGUUUUAAUGUUUGUUCAGAUCUCUGUAUAUUUUGCUUUAAACAUCUUUUAGGCAAUCAAUGCUAAUGAAUGACGCAAAACUUUAGAUAAUAGGUUGCUAGAAUUUUUCAAAUUCAUGUACUUGGAUGGAAUGUUUAGGGUCUACAUUUUCAAAUUUUUGCUCGGGCUA